AUGGCCAAAUACGCAAACCUGCGCGAUAAAGUCUCGUUCCCUGGAGUCCUUGACCUGCCGGAUUACCAGAUCUAUGACCCAGAGCACUAUAAACAUGUCAGUGACCAGGUGAUCGAACCACGGAGGCAUUGGUGUCUACUCGCGGAGAUUAUUAAGAUCAAUAAAGGCUUUCCAUUCAAACUCACGGCUCGCAGUCUCUAUAACGAGGAGCCCUUUCAUAUCGUCUUUCAUACUCCCGACUUAGGAGACUCGUUUGUGACACCUGACCUGAAGCUCGAACGUACGGUUUGCCAUCAUGUAUGCUCGAAAGAAUAUCUCACGCUGGAAGUCAAUCGAUGUUAUUGUGACGGACCAUUACUCGAUCAAGGUCCAAAUAUGGCCAAGGAGCUUCGCAAAACACAAGAGCUGUCUCAGUUCUGGCGAAAAGGCAUCACUGGAGUGUCAACGGCGCGGCAUUAUAUCGUACUGCAGUGA